CCGGGGCUGCCCAUGGCUUCACUCGGGUCCGCUCCCGCUCCCGCGCGCAACCCGCACCCGGAGCCCCGAGCCCAGCGCGGCGCGUGCGGCGCCCGGAGCCGCCAUGGGGGAGAAGGCGGGGACCAGGGUCUUCAAGAAAUCAAGUCCCAACUGCAAGCUCACCGUCUACCUAGGGAAGCGGGACUUCGUGGAUCACCUGGACCGGGUGGAUCCUGUGGAUGGCGUGGUGCUGGUGGACCCUGAGUACCUGAAGGAUCGGAAAGUGUUUGUGACGCUGACCUGCGCCUUCCGCUAUGGGCGCGAGGACCUGGACGUGCUGGGCCUGUCGUUCCGUAAGGACCUGUUCUCGGCCACCUGCCAGGCCGUGCCCCCCCUGCCCGAGGAGCAGCGCCCCCUCACCCGCCUGCAGGAGCGGCUGCUGCGCAAACUGGGGGCCAACGCCCACCCCUUCGCCUUCACGCGCCCCCUUCGCCUUCACGGGGAGACCCCCCGGGCCCCGUACCCCCCAACAGCGCCCCCUUCACCUUCACGGGGAGACCCCCCGGGCCCCGUACCCCCCAACAGCGCCCCCUUCGCCUUCACG